CCAGAUUGGCUCUUUGCUCGUGCUGCCACCAUAGCCGACGGGUUGUCCUCCACCUGUCUCACUUCUCUUGGACCUUGACAAGCCUGGUCGUCUUGGAGUCGGAGAUAUUGUAGCUCAGUCCACGGGUCAGCUUACCGAUGGCCGAGCAUGGAGAGGGAAACAUCAAAGUCGUCGUGCGAUGUCGACCGCUCAAUUCACGAGAAAUUGCGCGCGGCGCGAAAUGUCUCGUAAGAAUGGAAGGAAACCAGACGAUCCUGGACCCCCCGGAGUCAGGAUCGGCUGGUGCGCAAGCUGCCUCUGGGCGCGCAACAGAGCGGAAGCUUAUGAACUUCACCUUCGACAAGAGCUACUGGUCUGCGGGAUCUCGGGAUGACCCAGACUACUGUUCGCAGCAAACGCUUUAUGACGACCUCGGAAAGGAGCUAUUGGAUCACGGUUUUGCUGGUUUUAAUGCUUGUAUCGUGGCUUAUGGACAGACUGGCUCUGGUAAAUCAUAUAGUAUGAUGGGAUAUGGCGCGGACAAAGGAAUUAUACCCCUGACAUGUUCGGAACUCUUCGACCGCGUAGAGAAGAAGAAAGCUGCGGACCCUAACGUGAGCUUCACCGUAGAAGUUUCAUAUAUCGAAAUAUAUAACGAGAAAGUGCGCGACCUGCUCAAUCCCAAGAAUUCCGGCAACCUUAGGGUUCGGGAGCACCCCAGUCUGGGACCCUACGUUGAAGAUCUAUCCAAGCUUGUUGUGAGCAAUUAUGAUGAAAUGAUGACGCUUAUGGAUGAGGGGAACAAGGCCAGGACGGUCGCCGCGACGAACAUGAACGAGACGUCUUCUCGAUCGCAUGCAGUGUUCACACUGCUCCUUACCAUGAAGAAGCAUGAUACACAGACGAAUUUGGAUACGGAGAAGGUUUCGCGGAUCAACCUCGUCGACCUGGCUGGUUCGGAACGUGCAAAUUCCACGGGCGCAACUGGUCAACGUCUCAAAGAAGGGGCGAACAUCAAUAAGUCGCUGACUACCUUGGGCAAAGUCAUUGCGUCUCUUGCAGUCGCUAGCCAAGCGGAAGGCAAGAAGGGCAAGAAGAAGGCCGAAGAAUUCGUACCCUAUCGAGACUCUGUCCUGACUUGGCUGCUGAAGGACAGUCUGGGAGGUAACUCGAAGACCGCGAUGAUUGCCGCUAUCUCGCCUGCAGAUGUUCAGUAUGAGGAAACCCUCAGUACUCUUCGGUAUGCCGACCAGGCCAAGAAAAUCAAGAACAAAGCCGUCAUCAACGAGGAUCCCAAUGCGAAACUUGUUCGCGAACUUAAGGAGGAGUUGGAGAUGCUCCGAGCCAGGGUUGCGGGCCCCACUUCUGAAGCAGUGUUUGACCCUAAGAUCCCUGCUUCAGAGCAGAAGGUUACCUACCAAGCCAAAGAUGGUACACUCAAGACAGUUACCAAGGCGGAGCUCCAGGAACAGCUCGAGACCAGCGAGAAGCUCAUGCAGGGUCUGAACGAGACUUGGGAGGACAAGAUGCAACGGACUCAGCAGGUGCAAAAGGAGCGCGAGAAGGCCCUGGAAGAGCUUGGUAUCACUGUAGAGAGGGGCAACGUCGGAGUCCACACCCCCAAACGGAUGCCUCAUUUAGUGAACCUCAACGAGGACCCUCUCAUGAGCGAGUGUCUCAUCUAUCAGCUCAAACUAGGCCGAACGAUGGUCGGACGCUUAGACGAGAAGCCAGCCACGAUUCGUUUGAGUGGGGAGAGUAUUCAGGAAGAACACUGUUACUUCGAAAAUAACGACGGCAAAGUCACUCUUCACACCAUUGGCGAUGCAGUUACGUGCUUGAACGGCAGGCAGAUCACCCCCGGGCAGGGAUAUAAACUUCGUUCGGGCUUUCGGAUCAUCAUGGGCGAACAUCACGUCUUCAGGUUCAACAAUCCUGAAGAGGUUCGAAAACAGCGCGACCGGGCCAUGGCAAGGUCAAACCUCAGCAUCAGUAUGUCUGCAAGCGAGUUACAGAACGAGGAGAAUGGGACACCAGUCACUCGUCCAGACUCACCGACGAGUUCGGCAGAGGACUUAGGAGACGUCGACUGGAAUUUCGCCAAGCGCGAGGCUGCUUUUGCGAGAUUAGGUCUUGAUCCUGCCUUGGAUAACCUUCCGGACGAGGAGUUGAACAAACUGUUCGAGAAGAUUACUCGCGUGAAAGCACUGCGUAGUGUUGGGCCGAGGCCAGAGAGUAGUCUGAGUCAGGCUGAUGAUGUCUGGAGCGAGUCCGGCCGACCGAUCCCUAGUGACAUACUCACUGACGAUACCAGCGUGGACGCCAUGACAAGCAGCAAUGACAGCCCCGAGAUAGCUGGAUCGCUGAAGGAAGCGCAGAGUCAACUGGAGACACAGCGGAUAGAGUUCGAGCAGCGCUUGUUGGCCAUUUCGGAGUACUCAGAGGCGGACGACCUAAAAGCAGAGAAGGAGCAAAUGGAGCAGCAACUGAAGCUUGUCCAGCUUCACAUGAAGCGAUUACUAGAUGCCCGCGCUCAUGGCGAGACUGACACCGAAGCGGCGCCUUUCGAGCCCCAGAUUUACACGGCUCGGCAACUUCGCCUCAUACGGAAAGUAUUGGACAAAUGGAGAGCACAUCGCUCGUUCUCCAUGGCUGAGGUCGUCUUAUCCAAUGCUGUUCAUGUUAAGGAGGCCAACGUGAUAAGUCGGGAGCUGACAAAGGAUGUUUCGUACAACUUCACCGUCGCUUCUGGAGGUUCAUUAGCUGCACCAGCCUCCGCUAUCGACACUAUUGCGGGGCUCGACCAAUUCGGAGACGUCGCCGAUCCGGUGUUGGCCUCCGCAACGCAGCCGUCUGUAGCGGUCAAGGUCAUCGACAAGCGCCACGGAGCCAUCUAUGUCUGGUCUCUAGAUCGCUUGCAACAACGGCUACAGCGCAUGCGAAACUUGACCAGCUUUAUCGAUAGGCCUGCAUAUUCCCAACAUUUCUCCACCCACGAGCCUUUCUAUGACUCGCCACCUCCUGAGUAUUCUUUCGUGGGCAACGCACUUAUUUCACUCGCGCCCUUGUCCCGUCGUCUGUCGUCUACUGCGAUCGUCCCCAUUUUCUGCCGCUAUUCUUCCGAAGCCAUCGGCUCUUGCAGGGUGGAGAUCAAGAUCGUGAACGUGGUGCUUUCCCCAAAACAUGCCAACUCAUCGAGCACAUCCACCCGCGCUUCAUCCCCAAUACCCGGAACAGUUCCCCCGGGAAGCAAGCUCAGCUUCUUCCUUACCGUUGACACCGUCAAGGGACUGUCACAUCACGAUUUCUCCGCGGUUCAUCUUCAAGUACGUCUAUCUUCAUUUCUUGGUUCCUCGGCCGCAGCAGAAGAAGUCUAUCCCUCCGCCGCUGUUGACCUUGAUACGGCAUCGCUCUCGGACCUCAAGUUUCGCAGAAGCUUCUCCAUAGUCGCAUCGGCGAAGGUAUUGACAUAUCUUCGUCAUGGCUAUGCUCCGAUCGAGUUUUUCGCGCGUCUCAAGUCAUCCUAUGUUGAGCGAAUGGAACGCUGGGACGAAAUGCGGGAACAAAGGCUGCCAUCCAGGAGUUCUACAUCUACUCCAGAUAGCGUUCGUCCGGCAACAUUGCCUCCGAUGCGCAGAUGCGAAACCGAAUUUGUUACCGAACAAGUCCACGACGUCGUCGUAUGGCUACAAAUAUGCGAGCUUACUCCUGAAGGCACGUACGCACCAGUGCCUGUGGUAUCGCAAGGCGCCGUCGAUCCAGGCUGUUUCUCACUGCACCAAGGGCUUCAGCGUCGCAUUGUCCUGCAUCUGACAUCGAACUCGGGUCGCCAGUUCCCUUGGACGGACGUCACUCGUGUCCGCGUUGGCAACAUACGAUUGUUAGAUGAUAAAGGGCGUAUAUACGAAUCAUCAUCCAAGGUUUUGAUUACGCUACCCCUCCCGCAAGACCAGGUGGUGGAGUUUAAACCUGACGGCACUGGCAGCCUUACCGUGCAGGCACUCUGGGACUCCAGCAUGCACGAUUCCAUUCUGUUGAACAGGGUCACGGCUCCCAGUCAGCGCGUACUGCUCCAGCUGUCAUGGUCGGUAUCUGUCGAAACAUGUGCCGACCCUGUACAGUUCAGCAUGGACACUGCGGUCGCGAUCCAGACACGCGGCGCCCGUCCGCCUUCCCGGCUAUUCAAUCUGCUCGGAUCGACCAAGGUCCUUCCGAAGAGCAGCACCGUUUUCACAGUGCGGCUGACGCCCCCUUUGACCCGAUCACCGAAGGAUCUCUGGCGGCUCGACACAGCGGAGAAGUACGUCCGUGGCGAGGAGACGCUGGGGGCGUGGAAGCCACGGGGCAUUUCCGUCGUCGAAGACUAUACGCGGCUCGUGACCAUGGAGCGACGCGCAGCGGACGUGCAGGCCGUUCGGGUCAUCCUGGCGUCUCUGCCAUCCCGCCCGGCGCAGGCUGACGCUGCGAUUUGGGCGAAUGAGGAGCUGCUGAAGAAGGCGGUGGAAUUGUGGCAGAAGAAGUUCGGCCACCGCGGAGAGAUUAUACUCAGCCAAGAGCCUGUAGAUCCGGAGGUGUCAAGCGUGGCUUCUGCAAGUCGGGCGCCAAGCGUACUGUCCACGGAUUCGUUGAAGCUUAGCUCGCAAACAAAACUAAUAUCUCGCAAUGAUGCUCCAACAAAGAAGGGUCAUCUCAUGGUCAUGACAGACGCCAAUGAGAACACCUGGGAAAAGAGGUGGUUUGUCUUACGCAGACCAUAUCUGCACAUGUACAAGCACUCCAACGAAGUCGAAGAAGUUGCGGUUGUGAAUCUCAGCGGUGUUAACAUUGAAAGCAACCCUGGGAUGGAGGCCCUGCUCGGGAAACGAUUUACCUUCACGCUCUUCACGUCCUCCAACUCCUACGCCCUAGCCGCACCGAGCCAGAAAGAGCUUGACUCAUGGACUUCCAAGCUAGACCCCACACGGCUCGUUUCUUAACCAUCUGUCCCUGUUUGGUCGCUUUCCUUCUCUGAUACAUACCCCACACCUAUUGCGCAUCCGGUCUCUACCCCAUAUUUCGAACCUUCCUUUCUGCUACUUCUCUUACACCUGUCGUUAAAUCAUUGUGUACCCCACUAGCUGUUAAUCAGAAUGUUGCCUACGCAUAGACGUUACCCUGUGUACGAAAUAUCAUGAUCAUGUUUUAUGAACUGAGGUGUAUGCUCUUUUGUGGAAGGUCUUCUAUGGUUGCGGGUACGGGGUGCGUGAAGUGAAUGAGAGGUGCAUGAUAGUGUACAAGGACUGUGCGGAACGAGGGAAGCAAACGAAAUGUCCCGUGAAGCAGAUAAGAGUAGAUUAUGUGUAGCCAAAACGACGAUGCUACGAGUAUGUUUAUGGGUUGCAAGUAGUCUGCAGUCUAUAGCAGAUCAAAAUCGUCCAGCUGUGCGACACGAGUCAG